UGACCUAUACGGAGGUGUGGGAGACACAACGGACGUCCAUGGUUCGGAAUCCCAGUCCGAAAUACUACUUUCUUUUGUCGCAUUCUCCCGUCACAACAGAUUUAUCAACGAUUUCGUUACAAUGAUAACAAACAGCAUAUUGAUCACAAAUCAUGUCGAUCACAUCAGCUAUUCCUGUCAGAACUGAAGAAACCCGACAUACAGGUUGGUUAAACAGAUGUAGUGUGUUCCCAGGGGCGAGUCUCACUGCGGGGUGAGAUCUGUAGACAUACAUCAACAGGAGUUGUGUUGCAGUGCUCAUGUCUGAAACCCGGAUAUAAACACUGGGAAAUGCUUCAUGAUUAGAUGCUCAGGUGAUGUGAUUCCUGGACGAUAUACCCGCUGUACCUGGGUGUUGACAGAUUCCUGGACGAUAUACCCGCUGUACCUGGGUGUUGACAGAUUCCUAGACGAUAUACCCGCUGUACCCGGGUGUUGACAGAGUCCUGGACGGAGUGUCGUAUCGCGUCAACAAAGGAGAUUUCAGCUGACAUGUCCCGGUGGCGGUGAGGCGUGACAUGAAAACAGCCGCUCAGUGGGAAACACAACGGGCGAUAACUUGACAGGCCACGGCCAUUACUGUACCGUGAGAAACACAACAGAAAGAAGAUUGUAGGAAUGGCUGGUCCUACAGGCGGAGCUUGGUAGUGGAGUGACCAUCACAGCAAGUGGGUACAGUCCUACAGGCGGAGCUUGGUAGUGGAGUGACCGUCACACCAAGUGGGUACAGUCCUACAGGCGGAGCUUGGUAGUAGAGUGACCGUCACACCAAGUGGGUACAGUCCAUCAAUGGACGGUGGGUGGAGUGACUGAGACGCUUGGUGGACAGAGAGUUGGCUCUGUGUUGCGUGACCUGCGAGUAGCGGGGGAACAGUCUUAAGCUUGGACCAUGAUGGAGUCGUGGUGGAGCCUUGCAGUCCUGGUGUGUCUGCUACAAGUGUCCGGCGGUCAACCCGUCCAUACUGUAGAGACUUGCACCAGCACUACUCCCUCAAGACUGACGCUGACGUGUGAGACAGGGGAGAUGCUCCAUGUGAUCAGUGUACAGUACCAGAACAUGACCCCGAGUUGCGAGUCUCCACCUGGUGCCAGCUGUGUGUUCCUUCAAGAGACUCAGGCUGACAGUCUGUACACAGACUGUAACGGGGUGGCCACGUGUGAGAUGGAGGUGCAGAGGUUCUGGGUGGACAACGUCUGUGGAGAGACAACAACCUACCAAGCUACGAUAUCCUAUGAAUGUGUGUCUGACGACCCGGUUGAUGUUUGCGACAUCGUGACACAUCUCUCCAGAGAGAAUGACAGCCGACUCUAUCUUGCGUCGCCCAAUUAUCCACAUGGCACCAGCUCAGCUGCUGACACGUGCACGUGUGACGUCACAGGGGGCGACAUGAAUGUGACUGUCCUUGAAUACUACUUCGACCAGCUAGAGGGUGUGAGAGCCAAUUUGACUCUGACUAGAGACACUACAACAUGGGAGUCUUUUACAGCGGGAAUACUGGCCUAUAACAGUUUAGUCAUGGGAAACACGAACAGACUGCGGAUAGUGUUUGACCCAACACCAACUUCAGCAAAGAAAAGAGAAUUUAUGUGGUUGAAAGUAGAAGGUUCAUCCACAUUACACGUAUCAUGUAAUGGUAGUCCGCCCCCGACCACCAUCACCCCAGGAACUACAGCCACGACAAUUGAAGGUACAGGGUCUUUCUCCUCUUUCUCCACUUCUAACACCACUGUAGCGGUAGCUAGUAGCUCGCCAGACAGAGUACAGGGUACAGACGAUGGCAGUAAUACAGUUGCUGUUGCUGUGGGAUGUGUGUUUGCUGUCAUUGUCGUCGCUGCCAUUGUCAUCAUCGUUGUCUUCAUACUGCUGAGAAGGAAGAGACUUAAACCCUAUCUCAGCUCUACAGAGAAGCUUGACAACGAAUGUGGUGAUGCAGGUGGAAGUAAAGAAGACGAAGCCCAUGAAAUGCCACGCUAUGUGACAGAUGUACCCUAUUGUACCACCGCUGACCAGAUACGUCGACCACUCAGUACCGAAUAUGCUGAACUGGACGCUCACAGAUCAAUCAAAGUCGACAAUGUCAAGGUCAGUGUAACAAAGUUAGACGGAAGAGAUAAUAGUUCUUCCUCAAACGGUACACCAGGAUCUAUCGUACCGUACACUUCCAAACGACUGGAGGAACUGUAUGCUAAAGUCAUUCCAACGAAGUUCAGGUCAACGAAGAAUCGAGAAGUGGAAGACAAGUCCGUGAGAGACGAAUCUGUGAGGGACAGUGCCCUUGAUUGUGACAAUGGUAGUGUGGAGCAGGUGACAAAGCAGAGACCAGUCAGUAAGGGUGGAAGACAUUUUAGUGAACCCGAUUAUCAAGAAAUAGGUGACAUUUCAAAUUCACAGCCUGUUCCUGAAACUAAUUCUCAACAGGGUCCGCCCGUUUUCCUUCCUCAUCCUCCCCUGUCUCCGUCUUCUGAUCAAGUUCCUCCUGUCCCUGGGACAUCUGAGGCUGCCUUCCAAAGACUGGAGGAAGUGAAGUCUGAUGAUAAGGGAACAAAGAUUAAGAAAGAGCGGAGAAAAUCAACAGACAGUUAUGUGUCUUCCAAGGAGAAGAAGAGGAAAAAACGGAAAGAAAGAUCUCCAAAAUCAGAAAAAGAGAAAUCAACGAUUCAGUAUGAAGAAAUUGAAAUCCCUGCGAAUCCUGCUAAUGCAUUCACAUCCCCCUCGACAGAUUUCAGUAAUCAGGACGAUGUGAUAGUUGAAAACCCCCUGUAUGAGGGAGGUCCCGCCGAUGAUGAACUCACGGAGAGUCCCGGGGACCAGCGUCCACUAAGCGAGCAUUAUGAGGACAUCAGGAGUGACGCACACUCCGCCCAGACGCAUGUCAACAUCGACAUGAAUCCAGGUCGCCCUCCACCCUACGAAGAAGUGACGAUUUGAGACACAACCUUCACCGACAACUAUGUGACAUUCCCCCAUGACAACAUUGAACUGACAGGCUUCCCAAAGGGUGGAUCCACAUGUAUGGCGGAGAGGUGUUCCCACGCAUUACGUUUUAUAUACUUUUUACAUAAGAUAAUAGGGGCGGUCGGGUAGCCUAGUGGUUAAAGCGUUCGCUCGUCACGCCGAAGACCCGGGUUCGAUUCCCGACAUGGGUACAAUGUGUGAAGCCCAUUUCUGGUGUCCCCCGCCGUGAUAUUGCUGGAAUAUUGCUAAAAGCGGCGUAAAACCAUACUCACUCACUCACUCAUAAGAUAAUAGAGAUAUAUGAAAUAGUAUAUAUGCACAUUAUGCAACUGAAAUAAUGAUAAAAUAUUAUGCAAAGACUUUACAAUAUUGUUCGUGUUUUGUUUCAUUGUUUAAAGAUCCAUCAUGUCACCUCGUACGACAGGCCUGAGAUACUAGGGCCCUUUGCUGAAUGGGGCGUGUCCCAUGUGUUCUCAUUUCUUCUUAAGUUGAUGUUCUCACUUUGAUCAUAUUGAUCACUGUUCCCUGACUAAGUAUUAACGACACAUCAAAUGUCCUAUCAAGUGAGAAAAGUAGGCUCGAGCUCCAUUUGUCCCAUGUGAUUCAUCCAGUUAAUGUCUGUGUGAUAUCAUUGCUUUGUCUUUCAAUGCAUGUCUUCCGUAUCUCAUUAAAUAAUAACAUACCUA